AUGCUGGAUUUGGGCAGCAAAAAGAAAAAGGCUGCAACCAAACAUGACUCAGAUGAAGAGAUGGAUUAUGAGACAAAGCCUAGAAAGAUCGCAGAUGAAUGGGCAGGACGUGCAAAGAGUACAAAGCUGCCUAUUAAGUUACCUGGUGGUAAAAUCAUUCAAGCUGAGAAAGAAGAAGCUGAAGAGAAAGAUGAGGAUGAGGAAAUGGAAGAGGUUGAAAGUGAUCAAGAAGAAGAUCAUGUGGAGGAAGAGAAAGAAGAAGAAGAAGAAGAAGAAGAGGUUAAAGUAAGCAAAAAACAACACUUGAUCAACAAGAAAGAAGAGUUAGCAACCAUUGCAACCAAUCUUCAAGAAGAUCCUGAAGAACAUAUUGGAGAAUUAAAAACACUGCGUUCUAUCUAUCGAGAUGACAACCCAAUUGUGAGAAAAUUGGCCUUACUUACUCAACUAGCAAUUUAUAAAGAUAUUAUACCUGGAUAUCGUAUUCGUCCAUUGACAGAAGCCGAAGAAGAACAAAAAGUGUCAAAAGAUGUUAAAAAGUUGAGAGAAUACGAAAAGUCUUUGCUUAUGAAUUAUGAACAAUACCUCAAGGAUUUGACAGUACUGACGAGCAAGAAGAAGGCAGAGGAAGACCCAGCCUUAUCAUUGGUGGCGACUAAAUGUCUAUGUGAACUAUUGGUCAGCAAGACCCACUUUAACUUUCGUCUAGAAAUCAUGGUUUCUCUCGUGACUCGCAUGAGCACUGUUCAGUGGAAUGAAGGAGCUGAACUGUGUCGAAAGGCAUUGAUUGAAGUGUUUGAAAAUGACGAAUCAGGCAAGUAUUCACUUGAUGCUGUCAAAAUGGUCACUCGUAUGGUGAAAUCCAAGAGUUAUAUCGUGUCAGAAAAUGCCAUCAAUUUGUUUUUACAUCUUCGAUUAAAGGACGAGAUGGUUCCUGAAGCAAGUAAAAAGAAUGAUGACGAGGUUGUAGGCAAAAAGAGAAAGAACAAAGACAAACCAUUCUUGACGAAAAAGGCAAAGAAAGCAUUAAAAGAAACAAAGGAAAUUGAAAAGGAGUUUAGAGAAGCUGAAGCAGUUGUCAGUAAAGAAGAAAAAGAAAAGAACCAUUCAGAGACACUGAAAUUAAUAUUCGCCUUUUAUUUCAGAAUAUUGAAAAAGCAAGUGACUUCACCUCUUUUACCUGCUGUUUUGGAAGGCCUUUCUAUGUUUGCACAUUUGAUUAAUGUAGACAUGUUUGAUGAUUUACUGAAUGCACUUCGCGAUGUUAUGCGAUCAUUUGAAGAUACCAAUGCUAUUUCACGUACAAGCUCAGGAACAAGAAAAAGGCUAUUGUGUAUCAUUACUGCAUUUGAAUUGCUAUCUGGACAAGGAGAAAUGGUUACAUAUGAUUUGAAAGAAUUUUACACAGAGAUAUACAAUAUUUUAUUUAAAGCAACUUACCACACAGCUAUCGAGGAAAAGCCUGAAAGUCAAGACAUGACAGAGAGCGAAAUGAUUGUGAAAGGACUCGAGUUGAUGUUUUUAAAGAAGAGACAAAUUCCGAUUGACAGAUUAGGAGCAUUUAUCAAGCGAUUUGCAUUAGUGGCAUUGAAUAUGCCAACCAAGACAGUGCUGCAAUGUCUUCACCUGAUACAUAAGCUUGUGCAGAAAGAUCACCGUUUAGACGCUUUAUUACAAUCUGAAGACAGAGCGUCAAAUGGUAUCUACGCACCAUUGUUGAAUGAUCCUGAGCUCUGUAACCCAUUUGGAACCAGUUUAUAUGAACUCUUCCUUUAUCAGAACCACUAUGAUCCUAAUGUUAGACGCAUUGCGAAAGAAUUACAGCAGACAAGUCGUUAA